UACAAAGAAAAGAAGAACAGCAAAAGCCAAAAAUGGCAAGGUUCACCACCCUAUUCACUAUCGCUGCCAUGCUCCUCCUCCUCAGCUCUGAGCUGACUUCUGCAGUUCGCCCGGAGCCUGCUUUCACCAACACCGUUCUCAAAACUACCCGAUACCAAAAUGUAGGAGGAGAUCAGAACAUUAAUCUCGAGGAUGGCGAGGUUAGCUGUGAAGGAGUUAACGAGGAGGAGUGCAUGAUGAGAAGAACCCUGGUUGCUCAUGUCGAUUACAUAUAUACUCAGAAACACAAGCCUUGAGAAUUUGAAAUAAUCCAAUUAUUACCAGCUAGUUGUAUCUUCAAGAUGCUCGCUAGCUUCUUAGUGUUAUACAUGUUUCGUAUUUAUAUCUGACCAAAUUUAAGCCAGGCAAAAACAUAGAAAGAAAACUUUAUUGUCAAAAAUUACAUUUCCAUGGUGGUAGUUAAUAAU